AACCCCACACGAGAAGGAGACGGGAAGGAGCGAGAAGCACACAAUAAAAACGAAGUUUAAAAGGGGUUGGGGAAUCUAAUAGCAAACCGCGAGAUCGUGCGCUGAGGCGAAACCGGUUCGGUGUGAUUCGCACGGGACGCUGUUUUUUUUUUCUCUUGUCGCUUGCAUUUUCCGCCACUCCUUUUGUCGCCUUUUGUUUCCCCCACAUUCGGGCGCCCAAAAAUUAGCGAAUCAAGGAGCAAAAAAGGGACAGAGAGAGAGAGAGAGAGCCAAAGGGAACAGUCGAGAGAUAAAUCGCGUUCGUACCGCAAGGUGAUCUUUCAUUUGGGCUUGGAACCAUAAACGUAAGCGAGUAGCAGCUAACCAACAUCAAAAAAGCGAACGAGAAAAAGUCAAAUUCCACCACGUGCGGGUGUGUGUGUGUAUGUGUGUGUCCGUGCGCACGUGUGCAACAGGUUACCCGCGCGAGUGCGUUCUAGAUUCGCGCGGUUGAUUUACAAAAUCCGGCGCCAAACGGUAGGGGAGCACAAAAUGGUGGCCGUGCAGAAAUUGUUAUUGCUCGUUGUGGCGUGCAGUUGGCUUGGCAGCAUCCACGCCGAAGAGCACAAAUUACCAGCACCGGCAUCAAUGCCACCGAUGGCGGACAGCGAAAACAAGUUUCUAAAAUAUCUGUUCAACAAGUACGGCAGCAAGGGAGUGAUCUCGUUCGAGGGUUUGGAGCAUCUGAUGCACAGCCUCGGCCUUGGUGGGCUUGAUUUCGCUGGUUCACACACCCUUAAAGAGCACCGACCAGACGGGUACGAUUUCAGCGAUUACGACGUGUUUGGUGAGCCGCAUCACGAGCACGAAAGUGCGUCCCCGGAACCGCCAGUGAUAACGUUUGCCACCGAACCCGUGGCAAACUCGGCAGCUCGCCCGGCAAGCCAACAUAACCACCACCACCACAAGGACGACGAACACCUCGAUGGGGUAGAACCUCGGCGCAAUAGCACCACCGGUGGACCUUCCAAAAAGCCCUCCGGCGAACACGUGGCCUUCAAUGGAACCACUUUAACCCCUCCGGUUGUGACGGUGCACCAUCCGCGGACACCCGACCACGAUGCCGACGAUCACGUGUGGCAGGAAAUUAUCUUCAAAGACAUGCACGAUCCACACCACCGCCAUCCGAGAAACAAGAACGUACCAUUCUGCUUAUCGCCCAUGUCCAUCGUCCACCUGGUGAUGGAGGAACCGCUAUUUGGUAAACAACAGGACAGUUACCGCAAAGCUCGCUCACUGGCUCACGCGCACACCCAUGACGAAAACCAACCCCACUCGGAUGAGAUAGAUUCGCGCAUCGAAAUUACACCAUCCGAGUUUAAGGACCUCUGUCCGGCGUUCCUGGUGCAGCUUGAUCAGCGUGCCUGCUCGCAGAAGCUGAACAUGGUCAGCAAUCCGCUCCGUGAGAAGAAGACGUUCUCGCAAGCUUGGAUCUACGCUUCCGCAUGCGUGCUUCUCAUCUCAGUUUGUGGGCUCGUGUGUGUGGUGAUGGUACCUUUAGCGAAAUCGAUCGCUUACGACGACAUCCUGCGCUUUUUGAUCGCUCUCGGUGUGGGAACACUGUGUGGUGAUGCACUGAUGCACCUGCUACCGCAUGCUCUGUUCCCGCACGAUCAUGAUCAUGAGGAUCAUCACCAUCAUGAACCGCACGAUGAUCACGAUCACGGUCACGAGGCGGAAACGCGAGCCAUGUGGUUGUGUUUGUGUGCUUUUGGGACGGCGUUCUUCAUGUACGGUCUGGAGAUGAUUUUGCCGCUGUUCCGUGAUGGUGAGGGACAUCAACAUCAUCACCAUGGGCACUCGCAUGGGUCAAACAGGGUAGAACCGAGUGCUCCACAAGCUCCCAGCAACCAACAGCAAGGUGCGGGGAACUACUAUCAUCAACGAGGUGAAGACAUCGAGCUGGAUCUGACGGAUGCUGUCAAGGAGAAGGAAGCAAAAACGAUGCUGCAGAAGGAUACUUCCCGUAAGCCAAUGGCGGCGGUCGCGUUUAUGGUGGUUCUGGGUGAUGGGCUGCAUAACAUUACUGAUGGGUUGGCCAUCGGUGCGGCCUUCGCCAUUGCUCCGGUGACGGGGCUGGCGACCUCGUUCGCGAUCCUUUGUCACGAGCUGCCUCACGAGCUGGGAGAUUUCGCGCUGUUACUACAAACAGGCGUCAGUAUUAGAAGGGCCAUUUAUCUCAACAUUGUGUCUUCUGUGCUCAGUUUCAUCGGAAUGGCACUGGGGCUGGUGUUAACGGAACUUGAUGAUUCGGUCGUUGGCUGGAUCAAUGCGGGAACGGCCGGCACUUUCCUCUACAUCGCGCUGGCUGACCUCGUUCCAGAGAUGCGAAAUGAUGUUGCGAAAAGCGAGCAGAAGCUAAAAAUCAUCCUGAUACAGUUAGUUGGGAUAGCGCUGGGUGCGAUUAUUAUGUUGCUGAUCGCGUUGAACGAAGGCAGCCUGCAGGCGUUAUUCGAUUAGCCAUUCCCGUGAGCGUAUUUUUUGUAUAUAGAUAGCAUUAGGAUUUUUUAAUACGCAACAUAGAGUUAAUCUUCAGAUAACUUGCCGAUAAUACAUUUGUU